CCCAACUGGCGAUGUCGCAGAUGAUGGUGAACCAUAUGGUGAUACUGUCCGUCUACAUCCUGACCUUCCUGAUUGGCCUUCCCGCCAACGUCCUCUCACUCUGUGCCUUCAUUGUCAAGGUCCAGAGCAAUGCCACGCCCACCGACGUCCUGCUGCUCAACCUGACGGUGUCGGACCUCCUCUUCCUGCUCAUCCUGCCGCUGAAGAUGCACGAGGCUGCGUCCGGCAUGCGCUGGGACCUGCCCUACUUCCUGUGCAGCGUCACCUCCUUCGUCUUCUUCUCCACCAUCUACACCAGCUCCCUCCUGCUGAUGGCCGUCAGCGUGGACCGCUUUUUGAGCGUGGCCUUCCCCGUCCGCUACAAGCUGCUGCGCAAGCCCGUCUACGCCAUGGUGGGCGCCGUCAUCGCCUUUGUGUUCGGCUCCGCCAGUUGCAGCAUCGUCUUCUUGACGCAGCACCUGCUGCCGGGAAAUGGCACCGUCAACGCCUCCGUCUGCUAUGAGAACUUCACGCCGAGGCAGCUGGCGGUCCUCCUCCCCGUGCGGCUUUAUUUGUUCUCCGUCCUCUUCCUCGUCCCGCUCCUGGUCUGCGCCUUCUGCUACCUGAGUUGCAUCCGUCUCCUGUACGCCCGCCCACGGAUCUGCAGCAGGAAGCGGCAGAAGGCCGUGGGCAUGGCACUGGGCACGCUGCUGGUGUUCGUCGUCUGUUUCCUCCCCUACAACCUCUCCCACCUGCUGGGCUACCUGCACGGGCAGAGCCCCCCCUGGAGGUACUACACCCUUCUCCUCAGCACCGCAAACACCUGCCUGGACCCCAUCAUCUUCUACUUCUCCUCCUCCACCUUCCAGGCCACCAUAAAGCACUCCCUCUACAGGCUGCUGGGGUGCCGACGCCAAAUUGACUUUGUCAACGAAGGAUCCAAUCAGAGCAGAGAUGGCUGUGCUGCAAACCACCUUAGAGAUGGCUGAGAUAUGAUUUUUAUGUAUGACAACCCAGGAGGCCAACUUCGUACAGUCAUGCAGUUGAACAGAAAAGUGUGACGCUCAUUCAUAAGAAAAUAAAAAUUAACUUUUUUGUGAAUAGAGCAAUAAUACUUUCACAAAAUAGUACAUGGUAGUUUCUUGUGUGUGAGGGUCAACCUAUGUCUAUCAUGUGUGUGGCAAAACUAUGAAGCUAAUGCUUGAGUACAAACCUUCCCAAAUAGCUAUUCAGUUUUCAUA